CAACCGCCGACGACAGACCCGCUCAACUCUCGGGUGCGCGCGCGCGUCUUGCAACCUGAUUUAUAGUGGCUGCUGAAAAAAUAAGUGGUGAUGUGAUGGAGGGUCAAGAGUGGCGAAUGGAAUGGCAACAGCAGCGGCUGGACGGACUCGGUUCAAGCAAUCAGUUCCCGCGCAGCUUCACUCUCUCCCAGUCACUGGCAGAUCGUAUCGGGAGAGAUCAUGAGCAACCAGCGUUAUCUCAGCUGCAUCAUCCCAUCAGAGAUCACAACUCAGUGUGCACGCGCACCGCGUAUUCCCCGCUACAAGCCCUCAGUGAAAGCACCUGCCGGGACCACGGUGCACAGACGGCACCCCCACCACAACCUCCACCUAGGGUCCAGGUAUCCUCUCAAAACGUGACUCUCCACCCGGCCGUCUCCCGAUGCACCGCGUCCUUAGAGCUGGCCACACUCUGGCGUAACUUCCACGAGCUAGGAACAGAGAUGAUCGUCACCAAGGCUGGCAGACGAAUGUUCCCCGCUCUCCAGGCACGGCUAGCAGGGCUACUGCCUAGUGCUAACUAUUUGCUGCUGGUUGACUUUGUGCCCUUGGACGAUAAGAGAUACCGAUAUGCUUUUCAUAGCUCCAGUUGGGUGGUGGCAGGCAAGGCUGACCCCGUGUCUCCGCCUCGCAUCCACGUCCACCCGGACUCGCCCGCGCCCGGCUCUCAUUGGAUGAGGCAGCUCGUCUCCUUUGACAAACUGAAGUUGACCAAUAACCAGCUAGAUGACAACGGACAUAUAAUCCUGAACUCGAUGCACCGUUACCAGCCGCGGCUGCAUGUAGUGUACCUCCCGGGCGAGGGCCAGCACGCGGCGCCGGGCACGGUGCCGUACCGGACCUUCGUGUUCCCGGAGACCGGAUUCACGGCCGUCACCGCCUAUCAGAACCAUAGGAUAACACAACUAAAAAUAGCGAGCAAUCCAUUCGCGAAGGGCUUCAGAGACUGCGAUCCAGAUGAGUGCCCUCCAGAACAGACCCAGCAGCGGGUGACCCCCCGCAGACGCGAGCCUGCCCCAGCCGAGCCGUGUCCCCAACUGGCCCAGCCCUACGCAGCAGAACCGAGUACCUGUGGCCCUUUGUAUGCAGCUCAUGCUCAUCCAGUACGAUAUCAACCUCACACCGGUCAUAACAGUGCCUACAGCGCAUACUACGCUCACAGAUAGUUUUUUUAGUUUGGAGAUGGCAACCAUAGAGUAUUGAAAUUGACAAGACAAAACUUGUUUAGGAGGGACCAGGUCACACUACAUAACACAGAACUUUAUAUGAGAGUUACAAAUUCACCAUAGAUUAUAUUAAUUGUAAGUAAGUAGAUUAUUUUAAUUUGUAUUUAGAAUAUAAAACAUUUUUUAAAUUUCUUCAUCAUCAUUAAAUUGUAAAUAAAAAAUUUUUGGUAUUUUUGUAACAAAGUUAUUUUAAGAAAUUAACAAGAAAAUGUAUCUAACUACAUAUUUCAGUAAAUAAAUAGAUCAGAUGUGAAAUUAUACCCUCGCUCGAUGUUCAUAACGAAAAUUUGUACCUAAUAUUUUUUAUUUCUAUUGAUUUUACAUUGUUAUGAUUUUUUUCACUAGAAUAUCUCUGUAUGUUGUUAAUUAAUUGAAAAUGCAAAUGAAUCACUAACAAAUAUAAUACUUAUCUUUUUUCUAAAUUGGUGCUAAAUAAAUAUUUGUAAAUAUUACAUUUUGUAAAUGAUACAGAAUCAUGUUCAAAAAGAUAAACUUUUCGAUCAAUUUUGACGAAAUUUGUGAUCUAGAAGUUGUGGAUUUCUGUGAUGUUUCUACUCUUUCUGUAAAAAAAUAUUAGGAAUAAAAAUCUUUCACAUGGAAAUUCUUAUGGAAAUAACUUUCAACAAAAUGUUAUUAUAAUAUUUCAUAAUUUGUAAAUAUUAUUUCAAAAGAACACAAAAGAUUUAAUAAUAAAAAUGGGUUAUAUUGAAUAACUGAAUUAUUUAUUAUUACGAUAUAAGUAAUGACGAUGUUUUUCCUUAAACUACAAAAUUAACUUUAAAUUUUAUAAGACAAAAAUAUUAUGAAAAAAAACUUUUUGUGAACGAUUAUUAUAUAGUUUAAAAAGUUUCGCCUCCGAAGAUCUGUUUGAAUACCUGACUACAGUGGGAAAGCUAUUUAGUUACCAAAUAAAAAUAAUGUAAGAUUUUAUUACUAAGAAAAUUUUAUUAUAAUUGUCUUCAUUUUUUUAGAAACAGCGGUCAUUAUGACUUCUUGAGUGAGAUCUGAAUACCAAAGCGUCACCAAAGGAGUAGAGUAAUUUAUGAUUUAGCGCUAAGUUUGUAUAUUUAUUUAAAUAUAUUAAAGUUGAUAAAGUA